UAUCUAUUUAAACUCGUGUUCUUUCACAUUAAUCCGAGUCUCUACUUCUAAAGCCAAGAGCUUAAGCCCUUGUCUUUUUCUUUGCCGAGACAUGGCAGCGCAAACCGAAACCCAAAUCCCCAGAGUGAAGCUGGGGAGCCAGGGUUUAGAGGUCUCCAAGUUGGGUUUUGGGUGCAUGGGCCUCACGGGAAUUUACAACUCUCCGCUCUCCGAAGAAGCCGGGAUUUCCAUCAUCAAGUACGCCUUCAGCAAAGGGAUCACCUUCUUCGACACCGCCGAUGUGUACGGCCCCCACACCAACGAAAUCUUGGUCGGAAAGGCCUUGAAGCAGUUGCCGCGGGAGCAUAUACAAUUGGCCACAAAAUUUGGCAUCGCGCGUGCCGAUGGGAGCGGCAUGACCGUCAGGGGCACGCCGGAUUAUGUCCGCUCAUGCUGCGAGGCGAGCCUUACGCGGCUCGGAGUUGACUACAUUGAUUUGUACUAUCAGCACAGAGUGGACAAAUCGGUUCCUAUAGAGGAUACUAUGGCGGAACUUAAGAAGCUGGUGGAAGAAGGGAAGGUAAGAUAUAUCGGGCUGUCUGAGGCCAGCCCGGAUACUAUCAGGCGGGCUCAUGCAGUUCAUCCGAUUACUGCAGUGCAGAUGGAGUGGUCUCUGUGGACUCGCGAAAUUGAGGAUCAGAUAGUGCCUCUCUGCAGGGAACUUGGAAUUGGGGUUGUUCCUUACAGUCCUCUUGGUCGCGGGUUCUUUGGUGGAAAAGCAGUUGUAGAGAAUAUACCCUCAGAAAGUUUCUUGAAUUCACAUCCUAGGUUCGUUGGAGAGAACCUAGAAAAGAACAAGAUUUUAUAUGCACGACUAGAGAAAUUGUCAGUGAAACAUCAUUGCACCCCUGCUCAGCUUGCUCUAGCUUGGGUUUUUCACCAAGGAGAUGAUGUGGUCCCAAUCCCUGGGACAACGAAGGUGAAGAACCUUGAUGAUAACAUAGGCUCAUUAAGCGUGAAGCUCAGCGAGGAUGACUUGAAAGAGAUUUCAGAUAUGCUAUCUACUGAUGAGGUAGCGGGUCCUAGAACCUAUGGACACAUGGCAGCACAUGCAUGGCAGUUUGCGACUACUCCCGAGAAAAAAUAACAGAUUUUCAUCUCCACAAAUACCAGGUCAUGACCGUGUUGCCCCGAUAAUCCUGUUUGCUAGUUCCCAAUUUAUGGCCAAAUACCUGAAGUACACCUUGAAAGAAGAUGAAAUUCUCUAUCUGCAACUAUAAUUUUAGUAAUUGAUUGGUUCGUUGUGCGCCAACUAAAAUGCUUCUUGAUUCUGUCUGUGUACCUACUAUCUUUAUGGAACUCUCUGUUUACCUCAACUAUGACAUGUAAUAUCAAAGACGCAGAAUCAGCUAUCCUUGAAAUUGUGUAUUUUUAUCGACCAAUUUUAUAUGUAUUCGCGUGACAUGGACCAUGUUUACGCGCAGCAUGUUGUAAUUUACUAAAAUCUUUCCUGCCUAAUUUGAAUUCAUCUUCAACCGCGUACGAUUUACUGUCAA